AUGAAACAUUGCGCAAAUCUCUUUACCUUGGACAUCGAAAUCACCAUCACCUCCAAUAGCAUACAAUCUCUGCCCCUCACCAUCCGCACUAACCCCAGUCGUCCCGAAUCCGACAUCAUGACCUUACUUUCAAGCCGGUUACCUCAUCGUGCAAAUCACUUUACUGACAGGCACCAUACUCAACAGACUCACGAUAUCAACUCUCCCAACGACAUGGUCAUGGACACGGACGAUUAUAUUGGCGUGGCCAGCGAGCCCGAAAAGGUCGCCAUUAUUGAUCCUGACAGUUUCGAACAAAGCGAAGCCGACCAGUUGCAAGACCUGCCCUUGGCCACCGACCAUGAAGCCAUGAAGGAGAUUUGUCUCCCCCCUCUUAUCGACGAACCAAAAAUUCUUGGAGACUACGAUUACACAUGGACUGUUGAUAACUGGCGCAGUUUGAAUAAGAAGGAACAUGGCCCUGUCUUCCAGGCAGGUGGUUUCCCAUGGCGAAUUUUGCUCUUCCCCCACGGCAACAACAUUGAUCAAUGUUCUAUCUACCUUGAACAUGGCUUCGAAACCGAUGAAGUCCCCGACAAUUGGAGCUGUUGCGUUCAAUUUGCGCUCGUCCUCUGGAACCCGAACGACCCCAGCCUAUAUAUCCACCACACUGCCCAUCAUCGAUUCACCAAAGAAGAAGGCGAUUGGGGUUUCACUCGCUUCGUUGAGCACCGCCGUAUGUUCAAUGUACCUUGGGAAGGAAGCAGUCGACCCCUCUGCGAGAACGACACCGCCAAUAUCACCGCUUAUGUACGCCUUGUCGAAGAUGAGACGGCCGAUCCAAGCAUGCACAACAGUGCUUACACGUUGCAACGACUGUUUUACCAACUCCAAACCUCGGAUCAGGCAGUCGGAACCACCGAGCUCACAAAGUCUUUCGGCUGGGAUACACGACACAUCUUUGAACAGCAGGAUGUCCAAGAGUUCUCGCGCAAGCUCAUGGAAAGAAUGGAAGAUAAGAUGAAGGGAACGCCUGCCCAGAACGUCCUACCAGAAAUGUUCAGUGGCAAGAUUAAGACAUACAUUUCAUGCAUUAAUGUCGACUACGAAUCUAGCCGAAUUGAAGAUUUCUGGGACAUUCAGCUGAACGUCAGCGGGAACAAGAAUCUUCUCGAAAGCUUUGAGGACUACGUUCAGGUCGAGAAGAUGGACGGAGAGAACCAGUACUUUGCUGGUGAUCAGUACAAGCUUCAAGAUGCGAACAAGGGCGUCAUUUUCAACAGUUUCCCAGAUGUACUGCAUCUCCAACUGAAGCGCUUCGAGUACGACAUCCAACGCGAUACCAUGAUGAAGAUCAAUGAUCGAUACGAGUUCCCAGAAUUUUUCGAUGCGGCGCCCUAUCUGUCCGAAGAUGCUGAUAAGUCUGUUCCUUGGACAUAUCAGCUUCACAGCGUUUUGGUUCACAGCGGAGAUCUGAAUGCUGGGCAUUACUAUGCCUUCUUGAAGCCCGAAAAGGAUGGCUGGUUCUAUAAGUACGACGACGACAAAGUUACUAAAGCAACGAUGCGCGAAGUCAUGGAAGAAAACUUUGGCGGAGAAUACCAGGCAGCCAACGGCUAUCCCCGCGCGACAGUGCAGAAGAAGGCCCCUAUCAUGCGCCAAAACAGCGCCUACAUGUUGGUUUAUAUCCGUCAGUCGCGACUGGGUGACAUUCUUUGUCCAGUCACUAAGGACAAUAUUCCUUUACAUCUCAGACAAAAAUUUGAUGAGGAGACAGUCCAACGGGAAGCUCGCAAGAAAGAGGCGCGGGAAGCGCAUCUCUACAUGUGGGCAAAGGUGAUUACUGACUAUUCAUUCCAACAAUUUGGCGGGACGGAUUUGUGCCAGUUCGAUGCAAACCCCGAAUCCGAUCCGGCGGCGCCCAAAUUUUAUCGAGUCCGUCGUGCGAUGACAAUGGAAGAGUUCGUUGCGCAGGUUGCAGCUGAUAUGAAUGAGGAUCCACGCAGAGUGCGACUCUGGCUUAUGGUUAACCGACAGAACAAAACGAUUCGACCCGACCAGCCAAUCAUGGAUCUUCGACCUACAGUUGAUGAGACUUAUUCCCGCUCUGCCGCACACCGGGAUACCAGCUUGCGUGUGUGGGCUGAAGUUGCUGAGGAGGUCAAUGCUGAUGGCGAGCCUAUCUGGCCGUCUUACCAGAGCCAACCCAAUGGUGUCAUCGUUAAGAAUGAUACCAUUCUCCUCCUUCUGAAGCAUUUCGACAUCGACGCCCAGACUCUGCGUGGUGUUGGCCAUGUCUACAUCUCGAAGGAGAAGAAGGUUGAAGAACUGCUUCCCAUGAUUCUUAAGAAGAUGGGCUGGGGUGAGAAGUUGCCGGCCGAGGAAAAGCUAUUGCUUUGGGAGUCUUUGAAGAUUGCAGAGCUUCAAGAUGGCGACAUCAUUUGCUUUCAGCGAACCAAAGCUAAUGGCGAAAAAAGGGCUGGCGACAAGGCUUCACAAGAAUCAAACAACACAUCUGAUCACUUUGAAGAUGCGCGUGAGUACUACGACUUCUUGGAACAUAGGAGGAUGGUUAAGUUCCACCCUCAUCCUACCCGAUGUGACCCAGCUCAGUACCCCCCAUUCGAUCUGGUGCUCAAUUCUAAGAUCACAUACGAUAUGUUAUCGGAGCGCGUCGGGGCGUAUCUUGAUGUGCAGCCCACACACAUUCGGUUCUGGACGGUAAACGCUUCGACGCAGAAUCCCAAGACUCCUGUGAGGAGGGGUGCGAACCCAACUCUGCGACAAAUUCUCAGCCCUAUGGGCUCAACUGCUCUCAACUCUACUCAAAGGAACGACGCUUUCUACUUUGAGGUGCUUGAGAUGAGUCUCACAGAGCUCGACACUAAGAAGAGUAUUAAAGUUACUUUGUUGAGUGAGGGUAUAACCAAGGAGGUAUUUGAAGCUUUGAUAAAGAAGGCGCAGAUUUCGGGUGAAGCUGAAAGUGGAAGAAUUCGCAUCUAUGAGACGAGCUCAAACCGUUUCUAUCGCGAACCGCCUCGCGAUCAUCCUGUUAUCAAUCUGAAUGAGUACGCGACAGUCUACGCAGAACGAGUUCCUCAGGAGGAGGUCAGCGCCGAUGACAACCAGUUCGUCCAAGUUUUCCACUACCAAAACGAUGUCAGCCGUGUUCACGGCGUGCCCUUCAAGUUCUUGGUCAUUGAGGGCGAGAACUUUGCAGACACCAAGAAGAGACUAGAAAAGCGAACUGGAAUCAAAGGCAAGAGCUUCGAAAAAAUUAAGAUUGCUGUCGUGCGACGAUCUAAUUACUCGAAGCCGCAAUAUCUUAAUGAUGAUGAUGUGUUGUCAACUUUGGUGCAAGGGGAGGAUGAUUACCUCGGUCUUGAUCACGUAGAUAGAACAAGGACGCUGAGGAACGGCGUUGGGGACUUAUUCCUUCGAUAA